AAAACACAUCAACAAGGAAAUACCGGCGUCUUAUCAAAACUGAUAAUUUAUUAAAGGACUGUGCAGCUUUUAGACUCACUUCGACGUCUCAUUCAUAUUUAUUGUGUUGUUGAUGUAGAUGCGUCUGCAGGAAGUGGUACCCACGCGGUCUGGGGGGGGGCACUUUUAGCUUUCAUGCUGUAAAACUACAACACGUGGAUUUACUGAUUACACAACCAUUGGCUUUAACGAGGAAUUCAGAGCAUGGACUACCUGCCGGAUGACAACUCCAGGUACAAAGACGUUGACUACUGGGAUGAAAGAUACAAGACAGAGCAGAGUUAUGAUUGGUUGGGCAGAUUCUCCAAAUUCCAGCACCUUCUGGAGAAGCACGUCCAGAAAGAAGACUCUAUUCUGAUACUUGGGUGUGGAAACAGCAGUAUGAGCGGCGACAUGUACAGUGCCGGCUACCACUCCAUCACCAACAUAGACUACUCCUCUGUGUGCAUCAGUACAAUGAGUGCCAGGUACAGCGACUGCCUGCGUAUGACCUGGCAUGAGAUGGACGUGCGGCUGCUCUCCUUCCCCAAUGCGUCCUUCGAUGUCAUCCUAGAGAAGGCCACGCUGGACGCCAUCAUGGUGGAAGAGAAGACACCUUGGGAGGUGUCCCCACACACCGCCUGUUUCAUUCACCAAGCACUCACAGAGAUCAGCCGCUGCCUGAAGCCUGGAGGACGGUUUGUCUCUGUAACCUUCGCCCAACCCUUCUUCAGGAAACGCCUCUAUGCUCGCACCGAGUACAACUGGUCGAUUAGGAAGUACAGCUAUGGAGAAGGCUUUCAAUAUUUUGUGUAUGUAAUGACCAAAGGAGAGGAGCUUAGCCCAGAAGAUGCAGCUCUGGAGAAAAAGCUACUGGAGGACACCAAAUCCCCACCUACCAGGGUCGCCACAACACAAGAUGAAGAUGAGGAAGACUUCCUGUCUAAUAUUGAUUUAAUUUAAUAUUUAACUGGAUUGUCUGAAGGAAUCUUAGGAAUACACUAAGCCUGAGAUUUAAAAGUAAGCUGCGAUAAUGACUUCAGAAACUCAAACUUUACCCUCGCGAAUACAACAACAACGUCAUCUGUUAAUCAAAAUGUCUACUGCACCGUUUUUAUGUGAGUAGGUAAGAAUUAGCUACUAUGUAUUUUAAUAGUUAUGGCCUGGGCAUAGAUGUUCAUUUAGGCUACGUUUACAUUGCUACGUUUUGGUUUAAAUACGAUUUUCAGGCACCUUGGUAGCUCACCUGGUGGAGUACGCGCCCAUAUAUAGAGGUUUACUCCUCGACGCAGCAGACAUGACAUGAAGCAAAGGGCCGCGGCUUCGACUCCGACCUGCGGCCCUUUGCUUCAUGUCAUGUCUGCUGCUUGCUUCUGUCUCCCAUUUCAUGUCUCCAGCUGUCCUCUUUUUUUGGCCAAAAAAUGCCCCAAAAAAGAAUCAAAAAAAAAAAUCUUUUGCUACGUUUACACCUCACGUUCACACUAGGGCUGGGGGUAAACGAUUAUUUAUUAAACGAUUAAUCGGGCGAUUAUUUUAUCGAUUAGUCGACUAAUAUAAUGACUAAUUGGACGAUUAAUCUAACGUUUAUUUUUCUGUUGCUCGAUUAAUAAAAACCAUAAUGUAUCAGAUAAAUACCAAAAGAAAUCUUAAUAUACUUUAUUAAACAGUUUUGCACAGCAAAAAAUCUUCUGCUUUACACAAAAUUAAAUAAAUACAAUUAUUUUAAUGUUAUACAAAAUGAAAGGCCAGCCUGUUUACUCUUUUACAGUACAAACAUAACUCUCUCAUAACUCUAAAAAAAUAAUAAGUUGUAGUGCAAAAAAAUACCGUGCAGUGCAGUAUAGACAUUCCUGAGAGUGUUUAACACAAUAUAAAAUUCCUGUUUUCAGUUUUACAGUCCCAACAUAAAUCUCUCCUGUACAAAGCUACUGCAAUCUGUUUGCUACCGUUAGCUAGAUCUAGCAGAUGUGCACUUUGGUGGUGCAAGGCUAACCAACGCAUCUUAGCUCUCUGUGCAGUUUGUUCGUGCUAGGUUAGUAGCUAACGUUCACGUUAGCUAACGUUAGCUACUAUAGAUAGCUGUAAGCUAGCUACAAUUCAAGCCAACAUUAGAUGAUAACUAACGUUAGCUAAACACAUCUGUCUAGGCGCCAGUAGCUAGCUAACGUUAACGUUAGCUACUAACCUAGCACCAGCCUAGCACGAACAAACUGCACGGAGAGCUAAAAUAGUUAGCUAGCACCACCGAAGUGCGCAGAGCUCAAGCAACACAACAAACUACGCAAACAUGAAAUUAAUUUAGCCAACGUUAUUACGUUAUUGUCUCCUUCACGAGUGACAAUGGGGUGCCUCCGUUUCAGAUGAUCCCACAUUACUGUUGUGCUGGUGUGGUAUGCCAACUCCAUUUGGCAAAGAGCGCAAAUAACGACACCUUUUACGUUUGGGACUAAAUUUGAAGUAUUAGGUUGUGUUGCAGUUUCAACUGCCGCAGACGGAGACCUUUGGUAACACCGACAUUAACGUCAAUGUUUCGCUGCCUGAUUGGGUCAUGACGUCUCGUUCUCUGAGACUAAACUACUAAUGUUACCAUGGCCACCACCAGUAACGGGCGGAGUAUACAUGCUGGCUCCUGUUUACCUCGGCACGCGCAUGCCCAGUAUACGAGAAUGUUAAUGAGAUAUGCAGGUUGGAGGUGUUAGUUUAAACGGACAUCAGUUUUUCUACCGGAGCUAGAAACACACAGAUCGUUUUUGGCUUGGUUAAAAACCAAAACGUAGUAAUGUAAAUGUAGCCUUAGACCUCUUUGAGGAGAGCCUGACAAGCCAGAACCACAUCAAGAUGUUGGGUCUGGGAACUCACUAUUGGCAGGGCUCAAUCUGAAGGGUGGGAUAAUCGGUUAUCUUUCAAAUUCCCUCUGCACGCAAUAGGAUAGCGCUACGACCAGGCAACGAAGAAGGUAGUGGAGCUAGUUGAUAGGUUAAACUUUUGCCGUGUCCUGUCGGCAAAACUCAGAACACACCUUCCUUUUUUAAGAAUGACUUCUGUGCCAUUCUUUGUUCUUUUCUCAAAGAAAAGCUUAACUCCAAGUCUUCCAGAGUCGUGGUCAAAGCCGAUUCGCGAGCUGUAGUUCCAAUGAGACAACCUGUAGGCGGACCGAAGAGGGAAAAGUUACAUAGUGUUGCUUUAACAUUUGCUGCCGCUAGGGCGCAUCUAGAUUUCAAGGCUACUUUGAGAAGUGAUUAUAGUAGAUUUGUUUUAGAAUGGAUUAAAACUACGCACCACCAGGGACAAUUACUACAAAUAAAAUCUGUAACGAUAUAUAUCAUUUUCUGUCAUGAGAGCAAAGAAAGUUGUUAAUGUCUGUUUUUAACUUACCAGAUGAUUUAAAAAUUCAUGGUAUGUCACAAUACUUGCAAUUGUUACAUUCCCAAAGUAAAACUUGAGACAGUAACGUACAGCCUGGAACAAAAUAAUUUUUCAGACUAAUCAAAAGAAAAUGUGUGGUACUUAUUUACAUGAAUAGACUAUUACAACAUUUACAUAGACACGUUGUUUCUCUAAACAAGGGGGGAAGUGGACAAAGUGGUUGUGCCAAAUAAAAUUAAGAAGACAAAACGUGCCAUAGAUAACUACAGCCUUUGGAAAACAAAAAGUCAGGCAGAAGACCCAUCUCACUUUUGCACUAUAUUUAAAAAACCUACCUGUGUUACAGUGGUGGCACCAGCCAAUAAUCCUAGUGUUUUUGACAAAAAGUCACCUACGUGUAUGAAAAUGUAUGGAUUACCCAAACUGGCCUUGUCCCUUUACCCACCACUUACCUCAUAAUGUUAGAACAAAAAGUUCACUUCCAAAAUACAGAGCCACAUCAACUCAACACAUGAAAUAAUGUCUUACAUAAACAUUGGUUCUAUAUGUUUUUAUAUGAUUGUAUUGUUUAUACAGUCACUUUGUGAUUGCAGUGGAGUGAUUUGUAUUCCUGUUUAACUAUGACUCAUCAUGUUUCUGUCUGUGUCGUCAUUUUCUGAAGCUGCUACAGUUCAUAUUAGAAACUUUCAUCUUUUAUAAAUCAAUUUUACACCCCAGUGUUAACUGUUCUGUCUGACUGUAUAUCAGAAAGAUUCAACAGAUGCUGUGGUGCAGCACAAACCUGCCAGUGUUGCGCAAUUUGCAAGACAAACUGGCAUGUCUAGACAAGGUACAUAACAGCAGCACUGGCCUGCAUGUAAAGUCAGUGUUAAAGUCUAUUAAUAUGUCGGACAGAGUCUUCCCUUCUGUUGGGGUUGUCUGCAUCUGUCCCAUGUCUGCUUUAGAUUCCAGACAAAAGCUGCUAAUGGAGAUACGCAUAGUUUUGACACACCUGUCAAGCAUGACGGUGCUGCGUGUGGGCACAUACAGAGACUGAGACUUUUGCCCAUUCUUCUUUGCAAAAUAGCUCAAGCUCAGUCAGAUUGGAUGGAAAGCGUCUGUGAACAGCUAUUUUCAAGUCUUGCCAGAUAUUCUCAAUUGGAUUUAGGUCUGGACUUUGACUGGGCCAUUCUAACACAUGAAUAGGUUUUGAUCUAAACCAUUCCAUUGUAGCUCCGGCUGUAUGUUUAGGGUCAUUGUCCUGCUGGAACGUGAACCUCCGCCCCAGUCUCAAGUCUUUUGCAGACUCUAACAGGUUUUCUUCUAAGAUUGCCCUGUAUUUGGCUCCAUCCAUCUUCCCAUCAACUCUGACCAGCUUCCCUGUCCCUGCUGAAGAAAAGCAUCCCCACAGCAUGAUGCUGCCACCACCAUGUUUCACGGUGGGGCAUGGUGUGUUCAGGGUGAUGUGCAGUGUUAGUUUUCCAUCACACAUAGCAUUUUGCAUUUAGGCCAAAAACGUUUGACCAAUUUUGGUCUCAUCGGACCAGAGCACCUUCCUCCACAUGUUUGCUGUGUCCCCCACAUGGCUUGUGGCAAAAUGCAAACGGGACUUCUCAUGGCUUUGUUUCAACAACGGCUUUUUUUUCUUUCUCUUCCAUAAAGGACCGAUUUGUGGAGUGCACUACUAAUAGUUGUCCUGUGGACAGAUUCUCCCACCUGAGCUGUGGAUCUCUGCAGCUCCUCCAGAGUUACCAUGGCCACGGCCAUGUCUUGGGAGGUUUGCAGUUGUGCCAUACUCUUUCCAUUUUCGGAUGAUGGAUUGAACAGUGCUCCGUGAGAUGUUCAAAGCUUGGGUUAUUUUUUCUAUAACCUAACCCUGCUUUAAACUUCUCCACAACUUUACCCCUGACCUGUCUGGUAUGUUCCUUGGGCUCCAUGAUGCUGUUUGUUCACUAAUGUUCUCUAACAAACCUCUGAGGCCUUCACAGAACAGCUGUAUUUAUACUGAGAUUAGAAUACACAGAGGUGUAUACUAAUUAGGUGACUUCUGAAGGCAAUUGGUUGCACUAGAUUUUAUUUAGGGGUAUCAGAGUAAAGGGGGCUGAAUACUUUUGCACGCCACACUUUUCAGUUUUUUAUUUGUAAAAAUUUUUUGAAAACCAUGUAUCAUUUUCCUUCCACUUCACAAUUAUGCGGCGCUUUGUGUUGGUCUAUCACAUUAAAUCCCAAUGAAAUACAUUUACAUUUGUGGUUGUAACGUGACAAAAUGUGGAAAAGUUCAAGGGGUAUGAAUACUUUUGCAAGCCUCUGUACACAUGUACAUACAAGUAAUAGCCCGCCCUGCGUGUUAUUUGUUGAAGAAACAUGAGAUGAGUCUCCGGUCCUGUGCGUUCUGCUGCUUAAAUUUAGACCAGAGAGUGAGUGAGUGAGUG